AUCGAUAAGCGGGUUUUGAAGGUGUCUGCAUACCGUUCCUGUAGUGCAGAUGAAGAGAAAUGUGUGUUCUAGUUAUUAAUGAGGGAAGGAAGAUGAACUCAUGAGUGAGAUUAUCAUUUUAUUACCGAAAUUAACCCGAGGUGUGUCUCGGUCGGUUAAAUGUGGUCAGCUGACUCAGUGACAUCACGCAGGUGUCCAAAUCAUCUAUUUGAAGAGAGGAUGGCAGUUCAAACAGCGACGAGUAAAGCGACGUUGUCACACCCGCGGACAUUACAUUACAGAUUAUUUUUUACCCGCCUUUGCAACCAUGACUUUAAAGACACGAUGGUCUCACCUGUUUCUCCUUUUGUGUUGUAUCAUACAGACUUGUAUGUGUCAGGAAGAGGAUCGAGGCUUUACUGGUACAGAGAGCCCAGAUGGGGUGGAUGUCAGCUCCCAAGCCAAAGUCCUGAGCAGUCAUCUUACAACUGUCUUCCUCCCAAUCAUCUACAUCAUUGUGUUUGCUGUGGGGUUGCCCACCAACGCCAUGGCAAUAUGGGUAUUCCUCUUUAGGACCAAGAAAAAGCACCCGUCAUCCAUCUACAUGGCAAACCUGGCUCUGGCUGACUUGCUCUUUGUUAUCUGGAUCCCACUGAAGAUAGCAUACCACUUCAACGGCAACAACUGGAUCUAUGGAGAAGGGCUGUGCAAAGUGCUGGUGGCGUUUUUCUAUGGCAACAUGUACUGCUCCAUCGCCUUUAUCACCUGCAUAAGUGUCCAGCGUUACUGGGCGGUGGUCCACCCACUGUCCAAGCAGCAGACAAACAACUGCAUAGCUGUUGCUGUCUCCAUCACAGUCUGGAUGGUGGUCUGGCUUAUCACCAUCCCUCUCUACCUGUAUGACCAACAGGUCAGAGUAACAAACUUCAAUCCACAAAUCCUUACCUGUCACGAUGUCACCAGGCCCAGUCAGGUAAAAAUAGCAGCUGGCUACUUCCUGACAAUGGGAACUCUGGGAUUUGUUGUUCCCACUAUUGUGUGCAUCAUAUCCUACAUCCUCAUGCUCAAAGCUCUCAGGAACAGCAUGACAGAUGCUGACAUCACCAAGAAGCGACGGAAGGCUGUGGUCUUGAUGAUCACAGUGUUGGUUAUGUUUUUAGUGUGCUUCACCCCCAGUAACAUCAUGCUGCUGGUACACUACAUUCUGCUGUUGGACGGGGCCGACAACAACCUGUAUGGAUUUUACAUCACUACCCUGUGCCUGACUAGUCUCAACAGCUGCAUCGACCCUUUUGUUUACUACUUUAUCUCCGACGAUUUCAGGGAUCAUGUGAAGAACACAUUCCUCUGCAGGAGCGAGAGGACAGUGGAGAGGAUGAAGGUGUCCUUCAGUGCUCUGAAAUACUCCAAGAAGAGUAACACGUACACAUCUGAGUCAGGAAACACACAGAGCAGUGAAUGCUAGUGGAUUAAUCAUUAUUAAGUUGUUUUUAUUCCUGAUCAGUAACUCACUUCAGGUAUAAAAUAUAUUGUUUUUCGGUAACACUUUCUUUUACAGGUCCCUUCAUUUUUAUAGUAGUUUUCUGGAAAUUUGAUAGUAAUUUGCAGGUAUGAAGUGGUUAAGUUUUAGGACAGCAGAACCAGGAAAGGGAAGCGAUGUAAUUUGGUACAAAUUAUAAGGAAAAAGUGUUAAGGAGGUUUAGUUGGUAAGUACCCACUCAUUGUAUUUGGGUUCAUAGUUGUAAAUUUGCAAAACUUAGAUUCUUAACAGUUCUGUAAUUGACAGAAAAGCUUACUUUUCAUUGUCAAACUACAUAUUAGCAUAUGAGUUUCUUUCUUAUGAGUCCAUUUCCUAUAUACUACAAAACAAUGUAAGCCAGCAACCCCCUUAUCCAUUAUCAAGGUCCCUUACCUCCCCCCAUCAGUUAGAGUGCAGGCUAAUUGUCUCUUAAUGUCGAUUAUUAUUUUAUAUUAUUAAAAAAAUUGGAUAACAAAUAACAGAUUUGAUUUAACUGGACAAUUGGAAUAUCAUUAUCAUUAGUUUCCCAUGCAGGGAGCAAAAAAUCCAUGUGAACAGAAAUUAUAUUUAUAAGCGUUAAACAAAUGCAAUGGUUAGAAAUUUGACAGUCAAACCUUAAUUGGUCUUGUUUUUAAUCACGAACAGCAGCCAAUCAGAAAGCGGUAAUUUGAUGCCAGUGCCAAACAAGAAGCAUUCUUACCAAUUGUUCCAACGGAAAACAAGAGCAGCCUACCAAGAAAAAAGUCUGAGGCUACUGGACGGAUAUGUGUUCAUAGCUAAGGUGUUCAAUAGAAUAAUGGUGGCAUUUUUUUCUUGGUCUUUGUCAUUCUGCUGUUUUGCACCUAUCACAGAGAAACCAACAGCCUGCAUUAAUGCCCUCUCAGUACUUUUUAUUUCCUUGUUGGAAUAAAAGGCACACCUCAGACUUUAUGAUCU